ACAGUUUUAUACUAAACACAUUUUUGUUAGUUUUGUAAAAGUUCCUCUGAUUUUGCUGUACACACUUCGCGCAGUUACUUUCUGUUUUCAUUAUUUACUUUGUUCCAGUAGAGUGACAGUGAAUUAUUGUUAUUUAUACGGUUACAAUUUCAGUUACAUUACCUUAACGUCUUUGGAUUUUGUGAAUUGUGUUUCUGUGUUUCGCGCUUUUGGAAACAUCGCAAAAAUGGAUACUCUUUGGGAAGAAGCAGAACACAUUAUCAACUUGACCAAAAAUAAUAACACAGAUUUAGCAGGCAUAAUGAAAAUUGUAGCGGACAGAUACCAAACAGUUUUGUAUAAAAUAAGUGAUCCUCGGACAACCGACUGGCCUUUAAUGCACAGUCCGGUACCAACAAUCAUGAUGGUGUUGGGUUACCUCUACGUUAUCCUCUUUCUUGGCCCAAGGAUGAUGGAAAAUCGGAAACCGUUCAAGUUAAGAGAAGUUCUUGUAAUUUACAACGGUGCACAAGUCCUAUACAGUUUGUUUAUGUUAUAUGAGCAUUUAGUAAGUGGAUGGUUUUGGGAUUAUAGCUAUAAAUGUCAACCUGUGGAUUACUCAAAUAACUACAAAGCACUUAGGAUGGCCAACUUGUGCUGGUGGUACUAUAUAUCUAAGCUAACCGAAUUCGCCGACACGCUCUUCUUUGUUCUACGUAAGAAGGACAGUCAGGUCAGUUUUCUCCACCUCUAUCACCACAGUUUGACGCCCUUGGAAACAUGGAUCCUCGUUAAAUUUAUUGCUGGUGGGCAUGGUACGUUCUCGAACUUGAUCAACAACAUGGUACACGUUGUUAUGUACUUCUAUUACAUGGUAGCAGCAAUGGGGCCAGAAUACCAAAAAUACCUUUGGUGGAAAAAGCAUUUAACCACCCUUCAGCUGCUCCAGUUCACUCUUGUAUUCAUCCAUUCUGCCCAGCUGCUCUGGAUGGAGUGCGGGUACCCAAAAUUCAUUGGAGCUCUGCUGCUGCUCCAUUCUACCAUUUUCUUCGCGUUGUUUUCUCAUUUCUACUACCAAACAUACAACAAGAGCUUAAAACCAAAACAUAUAAAAGCGGAAUAAGUUCGUUUUAGGUUACAUUCGUAUUUAUUAUUUGAAGCAUUUCCUAGCUGAAUUUGAUUUAAAUACCUCACGGCCUGCAUUUCUCACAACAGUCAUUCUUUUUAAUUGUCAGUUACCAAUAAGGUAAUUUCUUCUAAAUUGAAAUAUAUAAACGUACACCUAAAUAGAACAAAAUGUAUUUUGAAAUGAAAAGAAUUCGAUAAUGGUUUUUUAUCUCUCGGUGACUGUUUUUUCUCGUUUGAACACUUAUUCUGGGAUAUCCCUUACCAUUAACAGAAAAAUAUAUUUUUAUUUAUUCCAGUAAUUUAAAAAUAAAGGAAUCACGCUGAUGUUGAAAGCAGGCCUUAUAACGUACAAAUAGACAGAUUAAUGAUGUGUUCAAAGAAAGAUUCGUGGUGGUUGUUAAGUGAAAAAUGAUAUUUAUUUUUAUAAAUAUAAACAUCCACCUCGGAUUUUAUAAAUUGUCAGUUAAAGCGACUGUGAUUGCGACGGAUUUUAAAUGAAAUUUUGCUGAAAUGCCAAAUACGUGUCAUAUUUAUGGUGCACAUUCUAAAAUUUUCACCUAUAUUAUACGAUUUGAAAAAUAUUAUUAAUAAUAUAGGGUGAUUGAUAUAUUUGUUUUAAACUCGUAAGCCCAAUUAAAC